CUCAGUCAAGGACAAUCUUUUAAACGGAUGAGCUCUUUCUUUGCAUCUGACUGUUUUCACUUGCCGGAGCUUAAAACUGGCUUCUGAUUGGCUGAUUGUGUGAUUGUAUGUAAAUCCGAGCGGGACGCAGCCAGUAGGUGAGGGCUUACGCUUUUUCCUCAGUGGCGCUGAAGACCCGAGAGCGAGACGUGAGCCGCUUUACGCGGAGCUGUCCACUCCACCAGUGGUGCUGAAACAAGGAUUUACUCUUCGAUUGAGGGAGGAUAUUUUUUUGAAAAGGAAUACAUAAAUCUUGUUAAUAAAUUCAUUUAGGGAUUUGCAUUACGAGGACAAGUACGAUUACAAAGAAACGGAACUGGGGUCUUUCCGCACCAGUUACAUUUGUUGUUCUGAAGUGAGACUCUUUUUGAGUACCUCUUUCGGGAUUACCUAUCUGAAUGAUCUGUAGUCGGACACACAGGAAAGAGCCAAUGAGCGGCUCCGGGGGGUGGUGGUGGGCAGCGCUCCUGCUCUUUGGCUGCAUCCUAGGGGCGGAGCUUCGGCCCAACACGGAUGGGCUCGCUGCUCCGGCCUAUCGACCGCUCAUUAGAUUCCGUCACAAGCAGGACAGGAUCCCAGAGAGUUUGCGGAGUAAGGGGUUUUUUGGCCAGAAUGGCUUUGCAAAUCCCUGUGAGCAUAAAUACUGUGGUCUGGGGAAGCACUGCGUGGUGGAGCACGAGACCGGCCAGGGUCUGUGCCAGUGUCUGGAGCACUGCAAGCCACACUACAAACCUGUGUGCGGAUCUGAUGGCAAACUUUACCAGAACCACUGUGAGCUGCACAGAGCCUCAUGCCUGGCCCACCAGAGGAUCACCAUCAUGCACAGCGAAGAGUGCUUCUACAAAGAUGACAACUGUCACCACAAUGAUUACAAGAAGCUAAAAACCAAGGUACUGGACCUACACACACAGCAGUACCUAGCUCCAGGUAGCCAUGACAGCUAUGAGAAGGACAUGAUUUCCAGGAAGUUUGCAGUGGACCUGAUGUUCAAACGCUUUGAUGCAGAUGGAAGUGGACAUGUGGACAGCAGCGAGCUUUCCCAGGUCAUCAAACAGGAGGGUUUGAGUAAGUCAGCAUCGGAGUGCACACUAUUUGACCUGCUCAAAUACAACGACAUCGACGAUGACGAGCACCUGACUAAGGAUGAGUUCUAUGCCGCUUUUGACGUAUAUCAGCUGAGUCUGGCUGAGGAGCAGAAACUGAGCAUCACCACAGUAACAGUGGGUCAGAGUGUCGUGCUGACAUGUGCCAUCAUGGGAGAACAUCGGCCAUCAAUCAUCUGGAGACGCAAUAACCACACCCUCAACCAGCUGCAUUUGGAGGACAUCAACGACUUUGGAGAUGAUGGAAGUCUUUACAUCACCAAGGUGACCACCACUCAUAUGGGCAACUAUACCUGCCAUGCAGAUGGAUAUGAACAGCUGUUCCAAACACACACCCUGCAGGUUAAUGUUCCCCCUGUUAUCCGGGUGUAUCCUGAGAGCCAGGCCAGAGAGCCUGGAGUCACUGCCAGCCUGAGAUGCCAUGCAGAGGGCAUUCCUGAUCCACACCUGUCUUGGCUUAAGAAUGGCAUGGACAUUGCCACCAAACUCUCCAAGCAACUCACAUUACAAGCCAAUGGGAGUGAGGUUCACAUCAGCAACGUUCAUUUUGAGGACACGGGCGCGUACACCUGCAUCGCCCGGAAUGAAGCAGGGGUGGAUGAAGACAUCUCCUCUCUGUUCGUUGAGGAUUCUGCCCGGAAGACACUUGCAAAUAUUCUGUGGAGGGAAGAAGGUCUAGGCAUUGGGAAUAUGUUCUAUGUUUUUUAUGAAGAUGGCAUCAAAGUUAUUCAGCCAGUUGCAUGUGAGAUCCAGAGGCACAUCAAACCCAGUGAGAAGCUCCUGAGCCUGCAGGAGGAGGUUUGCCCGAAAGUGGAGGGGGAAGACAAACAGAAGUGUGUGUGGACGUCGGCCGUAAAUGUGAAGGAUAAGUUCAUCUAUGCCACCCAGCCGCUGCUGAACAGGGUGCUGAUUGUAGACAUCCAAUCCCAGAAGGCUGUCCAAACUGUGAAUACGGACAAGGUCCCAGUGAUGCUCCAUUAUGACAAAUCUCAUGACCAAGUAUGGAUUCUGAGCUGGGGAGAUCUGGAGAAGAACUUCCCAACCCUCCAGGUGAUCAAGCAGGCCAGCGGCAGUACGCCCCAUCACACCAUCCACACACAGCUGGUCGGCCGUCGCUUCGACAGCGUGGAUGACUUCUUCAUCCCUUCCUCAAGCCUCACCGUCACACACAUCAGGUUUGGAAUAAUCAUCCAUAAGAAUGAGCCAACCCUGCAUAAGAUUGAUCUUGAGACCACUUCCUAUGUGAAGAACAUCAGUCUGUGGGAUUACGAUUGCAUCCCGCAGUCUCUGGCCUACUCCCACCUGGGUGGCUAUUACUUCAUCAACUGCAGGCCUGACUCAACCGGCGCCAUGCGCCCGCAGCUGAUUGUGGAUGGCGUGACAGACAGCGUGAUAGGCCCCAACGGGGAUGUGAGUGGCACACCCUACGUCUCACCCGACGGACACUACCUCGUCAGCGUGGAUGAUCGCAAUGGGCUCAUGCGCCUGCAGCGCAUCUCUGUCCGGGGCGAGAUCGGCCAUCCCUUUGACAUCCACACCAACCUGCACCUGUCCGACCUGGCCUUCAUGCCCUCGUUCACCGAGGUCAACCAGUACAACGUGUUCGGCAGCUCUGGCCAGCAGACGGACGCCUUGUUUGUGGAGCUCAGCACCGGCAACGUCAAAAUGAUGAAGAGUCUAAAGCAGCCCACACCAGCAGCACAGUGGCACUGGGACCGCCGGAACAGGGUCAUGACCGGGAGUGGCCUUUUUGGACAGUACCUCAUGACCCCUUCACAGAGUUCCCUGUUCAUCCUGGAUGCACGUCUGGACAAGCUCAACUGUGAAAUUACUGAUGUGCCCAUGGGAAAUACUGUAGUGUGGGUGGGGGAGGCAUAGGGCACAUGUGAAGAGGCAUCAUGGAAAAACAGUUGCACUGAAUUUGGUCUGUGUUUAAUUUACUGAGAGAAAAUAAAUUUCAAAUAACCUUAAGAAAUUAUCAAAUUGACUGUUUUAAAAACACUGUAUCAGACAAGGGAUGUUUAUUCAAAAGUAGAGCGGGACAUGCUUGUUUUUGUAUACAGUGGGUAGGUUUCAGAGUAAAACAGCUAACAAUUCGUCACACCGCUAUUAGGUUAAAUUAGCCCUAGUGUCUUAUAAAGAAAUUUAGUAAAACAUAAUUUUAUUUUGAGACACCAGGAUGGUUAUAGAUGUGUAAAUCAAUAUGAAUGAUAGAAAAUUCAUGAUAUUACUUAGAAAAAUUGAUAUCAAAGAAAAGACAUAUAUGGCUAACCAUUUUUGGUACAUUAUAAACCAUCUUUGGUUCAGUAAAUCCUUCCCACCCAAAUCCUACAAUAUAUUUGGGCUCAAUGUUUUUCCUGUGCCUUGAAGGAAUACUCACUGAAAACAAGAACAAAAAUAAAAUCAGUUAUUUUACCUGAGACUGUUGAUAAUCCCCCCGACCCCCACCCCCACCCCAUGGCCUUUGCAUGUAGGGAGAGAAAAACAUAAAUUCUACCUGUUUAUACAUUUGAAAUCCCACCAACCCUCAGCCAUUUUUGAUUAUUAAAUUGGCCUCUUGCUAAGAGAUUGUCCUUGUUUGAAGUGGAGACCAAAAUGUCCAUUAAAAUCCUGCAUGACUAUUUUAAACUGCUACAGGUUUGGGCAUGGUAGGGAUGUCAGUAGAAUUGUUCGAUUACAGAUAUAAAGUCUGUCGAUACAGGCAAUUUUGGAUUUAAGAUUAAUCAGAAGAAACUUUAAGGCUGGCUUUAAGGCUAGUCUGACAAAUCAUUUUGAUUAAAGCUACUGGCUGAUAGAGAAGAUAGCAGAAUCUAAUGGGUUUUCUGGAUUUAGGGAACAGCCUGAGGAAGAGACAUAACUAUUGUGCUUGAGGAUUGGCUUUCAGUAAAUCAUACAGUGUGCUAUUUAGUGUGGUGUGGUAUUAGACAAGCUUUGUACAUUGCAAGGUUUGUAUAAGUGGUGAUCCUUAAUUUGGCAGGUUCAGAGAGGGGUCUCCAGCCCCAAUGAGGUCAGCAGCUUGGCCAGAGGAAUAUUCUUAGUGUAGUUAGUAGGAAGUGCAAACACACAUGCACGUGACAUUAAAUCUUCUCCUCGGCUGCAAGAGUCUAUGCAUUUUCACUGACACUCAGACCAGGAGGAUGAGCUUGGAUUGAGCUUUUGUCAAUUCUUUGACUUUAUUCUUUGUCCUCUUUAGUAACUGGACAUGAUUUCUUUUUCUCUGUGAAGUUUCACUUUUUCUAUAUUCGAAUUUAAAGAACACUGGGCAACCAUCUUCACUGUUCGACCCUAUUUUCUUCAUACACCCACAGAACCCCCUCAAUGACUUUAUUUAUGUUAUGUACAUAGCCAAACGGUGUGUCUUCACACCAGAUGGGUGUAUCCACACACCAGGAGGGUGUGUCCAGAUUGCAGAAGUGUGUGUGUCUUCACACCAGUUCAGUUCUGUAAUUCCCCUCCUAACUGUCUUUGCAGGCCUCAAUUAGUUGAGUUUCCUGCCUCUUUUUUCUAAACAAAAUAAAACUGCAUUGUCAUUUGUUUCACAAAUAAACCAGUACAUUUUGAUGUCACAUUCAGAGAUUACAUUCACAUGUAUGUUAACUCGUGUGCUUGUUCUUUAUGUAGAAGUCAUGCUUGACAUUUUGGCAGUUAAAUAAAGCCUAUAACU